UAUGAUUGCAGUUUGUAUUUGUUUAUCGUUUGCAAAAUGCAAUAAAACUGAUGAGAAUUUAAUUAGACAACGAAGAGCGGCGCCCAUAUCGAGUCCAAAGCCAACACCAGUGUUAGGUCUUCCCACCAAACAGCCCGCACCUGCCUUUACAUUCACGGUCUGGGAUGAGAGCGGAUUGAUUUGCAUUUUGGCCAAAAUUGAAGCUUCAUUUACCAUAACCUAUGAUAUACAGGGAGGCACUCAGCAAUUGAUAGACAGAAUCCCGAUCGAUGCCACCAGUAAAGGGAGAUGUGAUUAUUUGUUGGACGAAAAGCCAGUAUUGGAUGUCUCAUGGAUUGGUGGCUUCACAUUUAGAUUGAUCUUUGAAAAAGUGGGCGAAAGUAAUUGGGGAAUCAAUUCAAUAGACCUGUUGUACAAUACGGCCGAUUCAUUAUUCCGGGGCUCAACUAAAGGUGGCAAAAAGGUGGCCCGUUCUGUGGAGGGCAGUCUCGGUAUGUUUACGACACCGUUAGGCAAAUCCUAUUUGUGUCCAUCACCGCCAGUCAUCAAUCUAAUGGAGUCUAAGACUGGGAAGCAAACCGUUGUAUUGCGUUUGACUAACAUUCAGAUACAGGCGUUUCAAAUAGAAAAGGGGAUAUUUGCUCCGAUGGUUCGGUGCAGUUCUGUUGGCUUUGGGUCUGGAGUUCAGGCGCCCAUACGGUUC